AUGCGAAAGGCAGGCGGCGCGGCACACAAGGUGACAGACACGGCGCACGAGGGCCUUUGCCCACAUACUCCCGUGGCGAGACGCAUGCCACCAUCCAUAACCAUCUGCAAGCUGACACCCUCGUUGGAGGGCAGGACACCCACCCGUAACCCUAGCGCAAUUUACCCACCCACGCCCAGUGGGCAGACUGGACAGACGGGUACAGACCGGGGUGUCGGCGACCCUCGUCGGCGAGUCCCACCAGUCAAGCCCUCUCCAACCGUCUCCCCCUCGAUUCGUCUGGUCUGGUGGGAUUUGGGCCAUGGGAGUCCAUCCCGGGCGUUGGAGUGUGGUCAUAGUCACUCGCAGCAAGUCCGCCGCACGCCGCACUUCAGCGCAAUCUUUGCACUUGGUCGCGCAUUCGAAAAGCUCAAGUUUGGAGUCUUGGACGACAGUCAUUGA